AUGCGAUCAUUCGGCAAGUUCGUCGCGAUCCUGCUGAUCGCCGCGAGCGAUGCCGCCGUCUUCAGACGCGAUAAGCGGGAUGUCGAGCAGUCUGUGCCUCUUCUUGCGUCGUGCAACACGUACACGACAUGCGCUCCUCCAGCGGUGUGCAUGAGCGGACAAUGCCAGUGUAUGCAGCCCUAUGUCGCAAUGGACUCUUCCUGUGUUUCGGCGUAUCCAAGGAUGAUGUCUCCAAUGCUUACCUCUCAUGUGGCGCCAACUUACCUGCUGCCUCAACAGGCACUUCUCCACUACCCGACUCACGUACAAGCAGCUCCAGCACCUGCACAAACUGUUUUAUACCAGCCGCCGCAUGCCGUUGUGCAACCAGCGCCACCACCACCGUCUCCACAGCUGCGACAACCCUUGGCAUCACUUUCAGAACCGCAUCCUACUUUUGCCUUAUUCCUCGACAUGCACCACACAACACAUGAAAUGUCAGCGAUUCCCCAAGAAAACGAGCCAUCGACAGCACCAUUGCAACCUACGCAACCUACGCAGCCUACGCAACCUACAGCCACUACCUCAUGGCCGAGGUUAUUUGACGUCCCUUCAAUAGCCUAUCCAGGAGAAUUUUGCCAACUUCCGCAAACAGUUUGCGUCGGAGGAAGCCUUUGUGUGGAUAACAUAUGCGUAUGUCGUCGAGGAGAAGAGCCUGUAAAUGGACAGUGUGAAAAGAUAGAGGUACCACUCGUGACCGUCACUGAGGCAUCCAGUACUGUGUUGCCGACCAGUGGAACUACAACGGCGGAAUCGACGACUAGAGCAACUACUCCGGCUACUACUACCUCAGUCGCUACUAGCACGGCUGCGGCGACAACAGUCCCAACCACCACUGUGGCCGUUGAGGCAACCACCACGUCAACUACAUCUUCAACAACUGUUGAAGACACCACAACCACUACCUCGCCAACCACAACCACAGUAUUUAUUGGCAGAAUAGAUCCAAUCACCCAAGCGAAUCCAUAUCGUUGUGUUAGCUGCUGUCAACCGAACGCCCGUAAUUGCAGACCGCAAGUGAUUCGGAUCAAUUUUUCGUAUCCUACGUCUAGAAGACGUUGCUUGAACAACGUUGACUGCCCACGAUGA